GGCCGCCCUCGCCUUUCCAGCUGGCUGCGCGCCUCCGCCCGCCGGGGCCCGCGGGCGUCAGCUGCUGGGCCCUGCUGGGGGUCCGUCGGAUUCUUGUGACUUUGUCGCUGUUCGCCAUGAUUCUGGCGAGCCUGUCCUAUUAUGUCGGCUGGAAGGAGAGUCAAUCCCAGUAUUGAAGGCGCUGGAGAUAGUCGAGAUCAUCCUGGCUGCGAUCUUGAUAGUUGUUGCCAUUUUCACAUGGGUCCAGAGUAGCUGGAGUACUCCAGACUUGUUCCGCUCAGCAAAUGUGAUUUGUCAAGACAUCAAUCUGUGGGGCUGCAACAGUACAGUGGCCACGAACACCAUGAGCCACGUCCGCGUCGUCGACCUGGAUGUGGAUUCAGGAAUGAGAGACCGAUAUCGCCUCCGAGGACCAGACCAACCAGUCGAGACGGCUGCUGUUGGAGGACCCAGGGAGGGGCGCGCGCCGCUCUCCGGCCAGGGGCGCCGGCUCUUCCAGUCCCCGCUGGCGGACGUCUCCGCGGCACUGGCUGCCGAGAACUACCUGGCGGACCAGAGGCGCUUCCCAACGCAGGCGGCCAAGUGCGAGCGCGUGGCGGAGAUCUGCAUGCCGCCCCCCAGCUUCGACGCUGCGACCUCGUGCGUGUGCAACGGCGUGGGUGUGGUUGUCGCCACAACGACCACCACCAUAAGGACCACGACCAUGACCCAGGCGACAAUCACGAGGACCAGCGUCACCACGCACUCUGGCACCGCCACGACGACACACACGACGACCACCACGACGACCUCCACGCUGGGAGGCUCGGCCCUCGACGACAUCCCGGAGGGGCCGGCCACGAGGAGAGGCUGGGCCACGCCCGCGCUGGCGGCGCGCGGGGUCGGCACGACGAAGCGCCGCCGGCGGUGCCGUGGGCGCGCCGCGGGCUGCAGCAGGCCAGCAACACCACGACAACGGCGACAACCGCGGCAACAUCGACAACCACCACUGAGCUCGUCGACGUGGGCGGUGCCGGGAAGGACAGAGGCCAGCAUCACCACUACAACGACGACAACGGCGGCAACAAGGACAACCAACGCCGCAUUCGUCGACACAGUCGGUGCCGAGAAGGACAGCGAUCGGCGGCUGGACUGGCACCGCUGGCGCCUACUGCGGGGCCUGGGACGAUGGACACCAGCUACCCCGCGUGGUGCUACUCGAACCCAGGCCAGCAGUGCGCCUCCGGCCAGGUCGCGCCCGGCAGCGGGAAGUAUAAGAAGUCCACGGGGCCGUGCGGCGGCGCCGUCGAGUCGAGGUCCGAG